UCCAAGUUCAGAAUUACAUCAGAAAUGGCCGACAAGAAGCUGGACAGCGGAUCAUCGUCAGAUGAUCGGACGGCGGAUGGAGCUCCGAAGAAAUCUUCCGAUCAUAAGGGGAAGAAAAAAGGAUCGAAGAAGAACGCCGACGCCGCCGGCGACGAAUUGAAGGCGACAAUCGGAAAAUUAAGCAGUGAGAAUGAGGAGCUGAGAAUGCAGCUGGAGAAGGUUGAGGCAGAGAACCAGACAUUGGAGGUUGUCGUCGCUCGAACCGCCGAACUGGAAUCCGAGGUCUCCAAAUUGCAGCAAGAUUUGGUGUCCGCUGUCAAGGGUUUGGAAUUUUCCUCUGAGGAAUUGUCCAACUUGAAGAACGAAUUGGAUGGAAUGAGAGGUCGGGAGAAGGAGAAGGACGAGAAGCUAGAGAAGUUGGAGAAGGAGAAGGCGACAUUGGCUGCUGAACUUGCGAAAGCAGUCGUCGUGGAGACUAAAUUGAGGAAUGAAAUGAAAAAGACCGAGGAAGAAAUGAAUGUGUUGUUAAAUGUUAGUAAACGUUCGACUAAGGAGUUGGAGAGUAUUGUCGAGCGAAUGAAGAGUGAGAUUAAAGAGCUGAAGAAUAGUUUAGCUGAUAAGGAGAGAAUAAUCAAUGAGAAGAAGUGUUGGAAAUGCAAUGGUAGCCGAAGGGAGUUGAAGAUCAUCCGUGGAUCGGCUAUAGUUGCAGUUGCUGCAACUAUUUGGAUUGUUUGCCGCGCAAAAAAAGUUUAACUUGAAAAGGUUAGUCAUUUCGAAUUUUGGGGUCUAGUAAUGUUAGGCGAUUAUACUAUUUUGAUCUUGUUGGUCGUGUCUUUCUUCCACAAUUUCUUCUAGUCAUUUUUAUGGAGAAGAAUAAAUGCAUUUGUUGUAGUUCAUUUG